AUGGCUCCACUCGCCCUGCGACCUGCGACCGCGCAGGACCCCGCCGACAGCAAGAUCCUACCCAUGGAUGCGGACGAUGCUGCCAUGAACGUCGACGAGAUCUUCUCACGCGACCAAAGGCGCCACCAACAAGAAGAGAAACGCAAAAAACUCAAUGCCAAGAACAGACGGAAGCGUUAUCUCGAAGUCCACCCCGAGUACUUUGACGACUCCUCACUCGAACUCGCCGAUCCUCUACUGUACGACCGACUUAUCCGCCGCUUCCAAACAGCCAGGGAGCGCGAGGCAGAAGGCCAACGCAAAGGCUUCUCUGGGCAGAUGUCGACCGAUCUGUGGCGCGCCGAAGCGAAGAAAGAUGCGCUCAAGCACACCGACCCCAACUCGCUCUUCACGUACAGUCGGGGGCCUCAAGGGCAGAUUGUCGAAGAGGACAAAGAUGAAGUGCCAAUGACGAAAGAGGAGGGUAAGGCUUGGUGGAUCGAUGAGAUGACACAGCGCUUUCUGAACGGCGCGGAUGACGAUUUCGAGUAUAAGACUGUCGAUGAGAACGACACGUACGACGAUGAAAAGGAGCGAGACAUUCAGGAUGCAUACUUCGACAGCAUGGAGUCAGAUUUCGACUCAGACGGCGAAGGGAAGGAGAAGAUUCUGACAGGUGAGACUGGCAUACAAGACUACUAA